AGUUAUCUACCUUUACGGAACUCUUCUAUGUCUCCAUAACUACUUGCAACAAUCGACGAUUGAAUUUUUGGACCUCAUUCUGUUUUACACACACCAUGGAUUCGUUUAUUUUAAACUUAUAAUGUAGCUCGAUCAAACAUUCAGGUAUAGAACCACAUCUCAGCAGCAGGUUCCAUUCACUGUAAAUAAUGACAGCAUAUAAAUUCACUUCCCGUAAGCAGCUGCAGCAGCUUUUGAAUGAUGUGGAGGGUGUUCAAAAACAUGACAUCCAUUCAUAUGCAGGGGGUCAUUUGAAUGAAGCUUACCUGUAUAAACCCCCAUCAUCUUGGGCAAGCACUAAAUGGACAGCCGGCAAAGAGCAGAAAAUCUCUCUAACUCUUGGUGAUAGAGAGGAAAUGCCAGAGGCAGACGUAAGGAAAUCAACACACAGAGAGACGGAAAUGAAAGAGACUCUGUAUGACUUUAGUGUGGGAACCACUGGUAGCGUACCUUUAUAUUCUAGUGAGAUAAAUUUCGCACCACGAGUUCGGUACAGAAAUGUGAAAACUCCAACAAGUACAGUUGGUACCACAGUGGGGACCGUGGACGACCGCCCCGAGUCCACAAAGAGGCAUCCUAGUGCUGCAUCCAAAAAAUCUAUUUAUACAGAACUUCAAGAUGGUGUUUUAGUGGAAGAACUUAAGGCAGAGGAGUUAAUGUUACCGGGGUAUAGGUUACCUCCGAUGGAGGAGGAGAAGGAUGACCACGAUGGUACAGAAGCUGGUCGUAAGAGUCUUCAUAUGGACGGUUUGAUUACAUUCAGGCACCAGUUUCUGUCCACUCAUCAUAUUGGGGUUACCAAAAGGGAUCAGUAUGGAAAACUAAAAUCAAUGGAAAACCAAGUGAUUGGAGUGAAAGAUGCUUCUGAGCAGAAAGUACUAUCUGGUGUCAAAGCUGUUAAACAUCUAGAACACAGACUGCAAGAGGAGCUCGAGUCUCUCGACUUUGUUGGAGACUUCCGGCCAAACUUUCACAAGCUCCAAGUUUACAGUAAUGUUUUAGAAGAUUUAAUAGAAGAAAGCCCAACCUUUUCAUAUAUACUAAGAAACAUAAAGGCUGAAUACGACAAUUAUAUCUCCAAGUUGCUUGAUCAACAAUCACCUGAUCAUACCAAGAAACUACGGACACAGGUGGAACUCAUGUUGUUUCGAGGAACAUCACGUCCCCAAGAACUAAAGGAAUCGGAAAACAAAGUCACUAAGCUGGAAGACAAGACCAAAUCACUGCUGGAGACCAAUGAAAGAUUAAGGAAGGCCUUACUUGAAGAAGAGGAAAUGUUAUCAAGGGAAUCUACUGAACAUGAACCCAGAAUUCAGCUAACAGGCACUUACCAUGAGGAACCUACUGCUGAACUUGCGGAUGAAAUUGAACAUGUCAAAGCCCUGAUACUGGAAAAGCUAGAUGACUUGAAUGCACUCCGUACCAAACUCAGAGAAGAAUAUGUCCCACUGACUGUGUGCACUCAUUUGGAACAGUGUAUCAAAGAAACAGAGGUAGAGGUUCAGAAGUUGUUGAAACAAAAUGAGUACCUGGAGAGAAGUAUAUCAGAAAUGGAGGCUGAUUUAAGAGAAGCCAUACAAGAUGCCGACACAAGUGAAAGAGAUGCACGUCGUAUAUGGAGGAAGGUUAACUCUCGGAAGGGUAUACCGCACAUGCCCCAUGAAAAGAACGGAACAACAGAGAGUGAUGAUGACGAUGAUGAUGAAAGCAAGUGGAACUGGUACAUUUCAUAGUAGAGAACCUGUCCUGAAUCAGAGCUGUGGAAAUAACCUGUUUGUGAAAUACAAGCCAUGUUUCAGAAAACAACAACAAAGCCAAUCAUAUAAUGUGUUUUGAGUUACAUUGACAUAGCAAGCAAAAGUUGUAAAAGAUGAUUUGCAGGAUGCAACACUCAAGUGACCCUCUGAUGAAUAUGUUCCAAAUAUGAAAAUGUGAUAAUACAUUCUUUUAUCAGUUGUUGAUGUUUAUUUGUUAAUUAAUUAAAUAUACAUAAUUACAUGCA